GAGGGGUCAAAUAGGAUAUUAUUCCUUUUUAAAAUAAAAAAUAUUAUCUGUUGAGUUAGAUUUAUUUUCUCUCUCAUCCUUCCUCCCACUCCCUCGCUCUCCGUGUUCUUUCUUUCAUGAAAAAUUAAAUCUCGACCGCGAACUAAGCUUUUUAUCCUUCUGCUUUGUUGCCGCCCUCUUCGUUCCCUUUUCAAUUACUUUCUCUUUUGCACAUAAAAAAUCAAAAACCCUAACCCAAAUCUUUCGCGCUUAUUUGUAACCCAAAUCUGAAUGAUUCUUCUUUCUUUUUUCAACUUUCCACAAAUCUCAGAUCCGCGAGAUUUGAAAUCUGGUUUUCCAACACUCGUGCGUGCUUUAUUAUUCGAUUUGCUACAGUUCUAUGUUAUUUGAAUUCGAUUUCUUUAGAUCUUCUUUGAUUCUUGGCUCUUUGUAGUUAGUCUUUUCUUUUGCUCCUCAAAUUUGUAAAGAAUAUCGGUUUAGCUUUGCUUUUGGGGCAGACAUUCAAGAUUUCAAUACGAAAUUGGAUUCAAGUUUCAGUAUAUAGAGAGUGAAAUUUUUGGGUUCAUAUCUUUCUUUGGAUUUCCACUUUUGAAUGCUUUCAUUAUCAGAGAUUUGGAAAGAAAUUGAUAUUGAAUGGAGGAAGAAGCAGUUUGUUUGGAAACCUUAGCAGAGGAGAUUAUGGAGAAUGUAAAGAGUGCAAUGCCUGAAUUGAAACGAGACCGUGAAUGUCUUCAACCGGAGACAUCUCCUAACAAGAAACAAGCGAAAGAAGUUUCCAGUGAAGAUAUUGGGUCAGAGGUUUCAAAUCCAAUUGUUUCUCCCAAAGAAAACACGUCAAAUUUCCAUGACAUAAGCAGUAGAAACCAAGCUGUAUGCGGUGACGUUACCUCUGUUUGUUCCGGGAAUUCGAGCUCCGAAGAGACUCUUAGUGAUAGUUCUCAAAUGGGUUAUACCUCCGGUGUCGUGUCCAGUUCCCAUGUUACAUUGGAAAUUCCCAAGCAUUUGAGUUCGUCAGGUAUUAGAAAGAUUACGUUUAAGUUUAACAAAAGGAAGGAGGAUUAUGAUAAUCAAACGUCGUAUUCAGUUGGCGGCGAAUGUAUGAAUCUGGAAAAUACUUAUGGGAAUGGUCCAGUUGAAUGGAGUAGUCGAUAUUCUCGUGUUCCCAAUAUGGAAUUGAAAAUGUCUAAGAAGGUUGUUCCUAGUAACUAUCCUACAAAUGUCAAGAAGUUGUUAGGAACUGGCAUUCUUGAUGGUGCCCGAGUGAAGUAUAUUUCUAUCUCGAUGGAGAGAGUGCUGGAUGGAAUUGUUCAUGCUGGUGGAUAUUUGUGUGGAUGCUCAUUUUGUAAUUUCUCAAAAGUGCUGAGUGCCUAUGAGUUUGAGCUGCAUGCUGGUGCCAAAACUAGGCAUCCAAAUAAUCACAUAUACUUGGAGAAUGGGAAGCCAAUAUAUAAUAUUAUUCAAGAGCUAAAGACUGCUCCACUCAGCAUUCUAGAUGAAGUGAUAAAAGACGUUGCUGGUUCAUCUAUAAAUGAGGAGUCCUUUCAGGAUUGGAAAGGUUUUGACAUGCUUUUAUGUUCUGCAGCUAGUCUGCAGCGAGGUAAUGGAAAGGCUCAAGCUGAGAAGAAAUAUAACAUGAAACGUCCUAGUUUGCCUAAUUCUCUAAGGCCGAAUUUGUGUGUUUCUAACUCAGUCAUGCAACGAAAGAGAACUGCUGAUGGUGGUAUGAAGAAAAGGGAUAAUGAUUUACACCGGUUACUCUUUAUGCCAAAAGGACUUCCAGAUGGGGCUGAACUGGCUUACAUUAUCAAAGGACAGAAGUUACUUGAGGGCUACAAGCAGGGAAAUGGCAUAGUCUGCAGCUGUUGUGAGAGAGAGCUUAGCCCUUCACAGUUUGAAGCACAUGCUGGAAUGGCUGCCAGAAGACAACCGUAUCGUCACAUCUAUACAUCUAAUGGAUUGACGCUUCAUGAUAUAGCCUUGUCAUUGGCAAAUGGGCAAUGUGUUACAACUGGUCACAGUGAUGAUAUGUGUGCAAUAUGUGGAGAUGCUGGAGAUCUGCUUCUUUGUGGUGAAUGCCCUCAGGCUUUUCACCCAGCUUGUUUGAAUUUAGAGCAACUUCCUGAAGGUGAGUGGUGUUGUGCAAAUUGUGCAGAUGAACAUGGUCUUUCUAGAAAAGCUGUUUCGGGAGAAGCUUCAAGUAUGAUGAGACCAAUUGUGAUACGCUUGACAAGAGUUGUUAAAGCACCAGAAUUUGAAAUUGGUGGUUGUGUUCUUUGCGGGUUCCAUGACUUUAGUGGCUCUAUGUUUGAUGAUCGAACAGUUAUUCUCUGUGACCAAUGUGAGAAGGAGUUUCAUGUUGGUUGUCUGCGGGAUAGUGGACUCUGUGACUUGAAAGAAAUUCCCAAGGAUAAAUGGUUCUGUUGUGAUGACUGCAACAGGAUUCAUGGGGCUCUCCAGAGUUCUGUUUCCAGUGGGGUGCAGAUAAUUCCUACUUCAUUCUCAGAUAUAAUCAGAAUAAAGCAUUUAGAAAAAGGAUUAUUUAUUGAUGGAGCCACAGAUUGUGUUCAAUGGCGAAUACUGAGUGGAAAAAGCCGUUUUCCUGAACACCUUCCAUUACUUUCAAGUGCAGCUGCAAUAUUCCGAGAAUGUUUUGAUCCCAUUGUUGCAAAAUCUGGUCGUGAUUUGAUUCCUGUCAUGGUCUAUGGGAGAAAUAUAUCUGGACAAGAGUUUGGUGGCAUGUACUGUGUGGUUUUGAUUGUGAGGUCUGUUGUUGUAUCAGCUGGUCUUCUUAGGAUAUUUGGUCGGGAGGUUGCCGAGCUCCCUAUAGUGGCUACAAGUAGGAAACACCAAGGAAAAGGAUAUUUCCAGGCAUUAUUUGCUUGUAUUGAGAGGUUGCUAAGUUCCCUGAAUGUGGAAAACCUGGUGCUCCCAGCAGCUGAGGAAGCUUUGUCAAUUUGGACAAAGAAAUUUGGCUUUGCAAAGAUGAGUGAACAGCAAUUGCUCAAAUACCAAAAGGAGCUCCAAUUGACGAUUUUUAAAGGAACAUCGAUGCUGGAGAAAAAGGUGCAGCAGAUAUCAGAAUAACUCCAAUCAUCUUUCCGGUAACUUUUCAUCAGAAUAGCCGGACUUGGCAUCAGCUUUAGUUUGUGUUGGUGGUCUUUUCCCCCUUUGUAAAAAUUGGUGAGAAAAGUUUCCCUUGAUUUCAAGUUUUUUCUUCCCCUCCCCCUCCCUCUCCCUCAGCGUCCACCAUAAUUUGUUCUGUUACUUGUACAAAACUGGAGGUAGCAUUUGGUUGGUAGGAAGAAUGAUUGAAUCAAACGAGCAUUGCAUGCUGAACUUUUUAUCAUGCAUGCAUGCAGCAAGAAAUUUGGUUUCUUUUUUUUGGGCUAUUCUUCUUUUUUGAAUAUGUAAAAUGAAAAAAAAACAAAGAUCAUUCCAAGUAGGAGAACACGUUUCAAUCUUUUCACUAAUGUUAGGAGCCUGGGGUGUAUAAACUCAUGAAGUUUGCAGCUGUGCGCAGUUUUCAACUGUUUCUUAUGAAUUCUUGGAUGAUUUUUUGCCAUCUAUUUUCAU